AUGAGGGAAAUCGUGCAUAUUCAAGCUGGUCAGUGCGGUAACCAAAUCGGUGCUAAGUUCUGGGAGAUCAUCUCUGAUGAACACGGCAUCGACCCCACUGGUGCCUACCACGGAGACUCCGACUUGCAACUAGAACGCAUCAAUGUCUAUUACAACGAAGCUUCUGGGGGCAAGUAUGUGCCCCGCGCCAUCCUUGUCGACCUCGAGCCUGGCACCAUGGACUCAGUCCGUUCUGGACCUUUUGGACAAAUCUUUAGACCUGACAACUUUGUUUUUGGACAGUCUGGUGCAGGAAACAACUGGGCAAAGGGACAUUACACAGAGGGCGCGGAGCUCGUAGAUUCAGUUUUAGAUGUAGUACGAAAAGAAGCAGAAUCUUGUGAUUGUCUCCAAGGUUUCCAACUCACACACUCCCUUGGUGGUGGUACCGGCUCUGGCAUGGGUACCCUACUUAUCUCCAAAAUCAGAGAAGAAUACCCUGACAGAAUCAUGAACACAUACUCAGUAGUACCAUCACCUAAAGUAUCAGAUACAGUAGUAGAACCUUACAAUGCCACAUUAUCAGUCCACCAACUUGUAGAAAACACAGAUGAGACCUACUGUAUUGACAACGAAGCUCUCUAUGACAUCUGCUUCCGCACGCUUAAACUUUCAACACCCACGUACGGCGACCUCAACCACCUCGUGUCGCUCACAAUGUCCGGUGUUACCACUUGCUUGCGGUUCCCAGGUCAGCUGAAUGCGGAUCUCCGCAAGCUGGCUGUGAACAUGGUUCCCUUCCCUCGUCUCCACUUCUUCAUGCCCGGCUUUGCACCACUCACGUCACGCGGCAGCCAGCAAUACAGAGCCCUCACCGUACCCGAGCUGACCCAACAGAUGUUCGAUGCCAAGAACAUGAUGGCCGCCUGCGACCCGCGACAUGGCCGCUACCUCACGGUCGCCGCCAUCUUCCGUGGUCGCAUGUCCAUGAAGGAGGUUGACGAGCAAAUGCUUAACAUUCAGAACAAGAACUCGUCCUACUUCGUAGAAUGGAUCCCCAACAACGUGAAGACUGCCGUCUGUGACAUCCCACCACGUGGUCUCAAGAUGGCCGCCACCUUCAUCGGUAACUCUACCGCCAUUCAAGAGCUGUUCAAGCGUAUCUCGGAGCAGUUCACCGCUAUGUUCAGACGUAAGGCUUUCUUGCAUUGGUACACUGGCGAGGGUAUGGACGAGAUGGAGUUCACCGAGGCCGAGAGCAACAUGAAUGACUUGGUCUCAGAGUACCAACAGUACCAGGAAGCCACCGCCGACGAGGACGCCGAGUUCGACGAGGAACAAGAGCAGGAGAUCGAGGAGAACUAA